UGUCACUCUGAUUGCGCCACAAGAAAUCUCACACUACUCACUCUUUAUGGCGUCAAUAAGAGAAUGGAGAAGUGCUCUGUCGGUGCAAAGAAGAGGAGGAGAGAGAGAAAAAGGAGAUUUCGACUAGUUGCCUGCAGGCACAGAGAAGGGCCUGAGCUGGGCUAGGCUGCACUGGGCGUUGCUCUUGCUCUGACCUCGGAGGGCCAAACGUGGACGCAUUCUCAAUGGCAAUGAUGGUCGACGAGAACUUCUCAAGACAGGGAAUGUGACUGCUCAUUACAAAGACUCUUCCUUGUUCCCUCACGUCGGUACGCCUUUCCAUUCUUUGGACAGCUAGGCAUUCACAGGCUCCAAGACCAUGAUUGAGCAACUCCCCUCGGAGCGGACGCCCCUGCUGACCUCUGCUGCUCACUGGGAACCCGAGGCCGCUGCGAGCCGCAACACUUCAGCAGCCGCGCCCCUUGAUGCAAGCGAUGAUGAUGACUGGAAGCCGACUUGGAACCUGAGGCUCAUUCAGAGUGUGACAUGGUGCAACGUCUUCCUCGCCGGCUUCGACUCGACGGUGGCAGCGUCUACCUACUCCAUCAUCGGAUCAGAAUUUGGCUCAGCUAACAAUGCUGUAUGGGUCUCCACUAGCUACCUCAUAACAGCCACUGCCUUCCAACCUCUGUACGGCAGGCUUUCAGACAUCUUUGGUCGACGCAAAGCCUUCCUUCUCGCAACCAGCACCUUUGCACUCGGAUGUCUGCUCUGCGGUCUUGCCAAGAGCAUGCUGGUUCUGAACCUUUCCCGUGCCUUGACCGGCAUAGGGGGCGGUGGAUUGAUAACAAUGGCUACUAUUGUCCUCUCGGACGGAGUACCCUUCCACCGACGUGGGCUCUAUCAGUCGGCGAAUAAUCUCAUGUAUGGUCUGGGAAGCGCUGCUGGAGCUUCUGUAGGAGGAAUCGUUGCUCACACUUUUGGAUGGAGGUCUGCAUUCUUGCUACAAGUUCCAAUGGCCAUUGCUGCCGUCUUCGGAGGCUGGGCGCUAGUGAAAGACCCAGCAGUCCGAAGCCUCCCGGCAGAUGCACCAGUGGACGUUGCUGGAUCCGUCACCCUCGUUGGGGCUAUCACCUCGCUGCUCCUAGGCUUGUCCAUGGGCGGUAAUGAGCUCGAUUGGACUUCACCGAUCACCAUAGCUCUCUUCAUUGCAGCAUUAGGUCUCUUUGGUCUCUUCUAUCGAGUAGAGACACGUGCCAUUGCUCCCAUCCUACCAAGUCGAAUGCUCAAGGGCACCCUUGCCAUCUCCAACAUCAUCACCAACUUCACCUCUGGCAUGGCAGUGUACGGAUUCCUAUUCAUGGCGCCUAUGUACUUCCUAGGAGUCCUCCUCGAACCAAUCAACAUCGUCGGUCUACGUCUAAUCGUCCCGUCUCUGGGCUUCCCAAUAGGAGCAGUGAUCGCAGGAGUGGUCAUGUCAAAGUACGGCCACCUAAGUGUGCUAGUCAAGAGCGGCUGCGCGAUUCUCAUCCUUGGGCUAGUCAUCCCUUGGUUCCUCUUUGGAGAGACGAAGCCACGAAUAGGAAUCAUCUACCUCUUUGCUCUGCUGCCGGCAAACAUCGGUCAAGGUCUUAUCAACCCUUCAAGCUUGUUCACCAUGCUUGCCGCUUAUCCUCAUGAUGAUCAGGCAGUCGCAACUUCUACAGUCUACCUAUGCCGUAGUGUGGGGAAUGUAGCGGGUGUUGCUCUUUCGGCUGCCAUUCUGCAGAAGUGGCUUCGUACGUGGCUGCCAGAAGUGUUAAAGGAUACACAAGAUGCAGAUCAGAUCGUCGACGCCGUCAGACACUCCAUCGAGGUCAUUCAGGGGUUACCACCAGCCACUCGGACCAAAGUCACAGAGACGCUCUCCGGUGGGAUCCAGGCAGCCAUCAGCGCAUGUAUUGUGCUUUCAAUCCUGGCUUUCAUUAGUAGUUUCUGGGCCAGAGGGGUAGGGAUGCAACGAUCUUCGUAGCAGAACAAAACUGAAAAAUGCAAUGCAACAAGUGUACGAGCGUAGGAGUAUUGCGUCAC